CGGCGGCACUCCCAACAUGGCGGCGGCCGGGGCUGUGGAGCGCGGUCCCGAAGCUGAAGCGCGGCGGCCGCCCUCUCUCCGGGCCUCGCGGCUGCUCCUGCUGCUGACGGCGGUGACGGCGGUGGGGCCCCGGGAGGGCGGCGCGGCGCGGCUGUACCGCGUGGGCGUGGACGCCGUGUGGUUGCUGGACAGCGGCAGCGUGCGCUCGGCCACAGGCAACAGCUCGGCCGCGUGGCUCGUGCAGUUCCAUUCGUCGUGGUGCGGCCACUGCAUCGGCUACGCGCCCACCUGGCGGGCGCUGGCGGCGGACGUGCGAGACUGGAGUGCUGCCAUCCGUGUCGCUGCUCUGGACUGUGCAGAAGAAAAGAACCAAGACGUAUGCCGCACAUACGACAUCCACUUCUACCCCACUUUCAGGUAUUUUAAAGCAUUUACAAAGGAGUUUACAACUGGAGAAAAUUUUAAAGGACCUGACAGGGAGCUGCGGACAGUCAGGCAGACAAUGAUUGACUUCCUGCAGAACCAUACAGAGGGCACUCGGCCUCCUGCGUGCCCACCUCUGGACCCUAUUCAGCCCAGUGACAUCCUUUCCCUCAUGGACAGCCACAGUGGCCAAUACCACGCUGUUGUGUUUGAAAGCAAUGGUUCUUAUGUUGGACGAGAGGUGAUCUUAGAUUUGAUUUCAUAUGAAAACAUCGUGGUGAGCCGAGCACUGGAUAGGGACAAAGCGUUUCUGGGGACACUUGGCAUUUCUUCAGUUCCUUCCUGUUACCUGAUUUACCCAAAUGGGUCUCAUGGACUGGUUAAUGUCGCAAAGCCUCUUCGAUCAUUUUUCUCCUCUUAUCUAAAAUCUUUGCCAGAUGUGAGGAAAAAGUCACUUUCCUUGCCUGAGAAGCCCAACAAAGAAGAAAAUGCAGAGGUUAUGGUUUGGGAAGAAUUUGACAGGGCCAAGCUGUACUCCGCAGACCUGGAGUCGGGACUUCACUACCUGCUGAGAGUAGAGCUGGCUGCCCACAAGUCCCUGACUGGAACUCAGCUAAAGACAUUCAAGGACUUCAUGACUGUUGUUGCCAAGCUGUUCCCCGGCCGACCACCAGUCAAGAAGCUUUUGGAGACACUGCAGGAGUGGCUGGCCAACCUCCCCCUGGACAAGAUUCCGUACAAUGCCAUCCUAGACCUAGUCAACAACAAAAUGCGGAUUUCUGGAAUCUUUCUUACCAGCCACAUAAAGUGGGUGGGAUGUCAAGGAAGCCGGUUGGAGUUGAGGGGCUACCCAUGCUCCCUCUGGAAACUGUUUCACACUUUGACGGUUCAGGCCUCCAUCCAUCCAGAAGCGCUGGUUGGCACAGGUUUUGAAGAUGACCCCCAGGCUGUGUUGCAGACCAUAAGGAGAUACAUUCACACGUUCUUUGGGUGUAAAGAAUGUGGUGAGCAUUUUGAGGAAAUGGCUAAGGAGUCCAUGAAUUCUGUGAAAACCCCAGACCAAGCUGUCCUCUGGCUUUGGAGAAAGCACAACAUGGUGAACAGCCGCCUGGCAGGCCAUCUGAGCGAGGAUCCCAAGUUCCCAAAGGUUCCAUGGCCUACUCCAGACCUCUGCCCAGCCUGCCAUGAGGAAAUUAAAGGUCUGGACAGCUGGAAUGAGGACCAGGUGCUUGUGUUCCUGAAGCAGCACUACAGCAGGGGCAACCUGGUGGAUACCUACUCUGUGGACCAGGGCAGGCCUGGUGACAGGGAGCAGGAAGAGGGUGAAGGUCUUAACCCCUCAGGGAAGCCCUGGGGACGGCAGGAUGCUGAGAGUCUCCGUCCACCCCACAUGCUGGGCCCCAGAAUUGACCUUUCCAAGAGCCUGCACCACAGGCUGGAUCUAAAACUCCAGAGCCCCCAGGGGCUCCAGGCACUUGAAGAAGCAAAGGCAGCUGUGCCCUUCCUUGGGGUUGGCUUUUCCAGCCUGGACAUGAGCCUCUGUGUGGUGCUCUAUGUGGCCUCCUCCUUGUUCCUGAUGAUUAUGUAUUUCUUCUUCCGAGUGAGGUCCAAGCGAUGGAAAGUUCGGCUCUACCACCCAGUUGUGUAGAGCACCUCGGACAGCCAUGGACACAGAAGAAGCCUUUGAAAUCACCCGUGUACCUGCAGCUUUAAUGUUGGGAUCAGGGAUUUUGGAAAUGUGCCCAGCAUGGUGCCUGGAGGAGCAUGUUAUGUUUUGUUUUGUUUCGUUUCGUUUUGACUGGAACAUUUUGCCUUGCUGGUACCUUGUCCUCACCUUCCCAGCCUCUAUGUCAGCCUUGUGUGUAUUUGCCCUUGUAGGCCAGAAGGAGGCAGGUCCAGCACAUAGCCAUCCACGUUGCUGCUCUCUCAUGAGGCCUCGCGUCUACCGUGGCCAGUGAUGAACAGCCAAAGCACAGAGGCCUCCAGACUUCACACACCCUGCCACAGAUGUGAGCUGUGUAGCUGUUCCUUCAUAAGCUUCAGGUGCUUUCAUGGGAGCUCAGGGUGCUCUGAGGUUGAGCGGGGAGGUCUGGUCACCUUGUGGGAUUCAUAUCCUAGAGGCCACUGAGUUGUUUCGUAGCUUCUCUGUUUCUUAUGAAAUAAGGUUGGGAGUGAGACACUUAGAAGCUCAGAAAGGGAAGGGUGGUGACAGUAGAUAGGAGGGCCAUCUCGAUCAAGCUGUAGUAUAAUUCUGGUCCUACAUGGUGGGGUUCUGCCCAAAGCACAGUGGUGAGCAUUGGUCUGUUGGGAGAGUUUUCAUCUCUGGGAAGCUUCUAGAGCCCCUGUCAUGUCUCAUGUACACUGCAGAAGGCACUGGUGGGGGCACAGGAUGUUGGGCACAUGCAAUGGCCCCUGCAUACAAAGCUUCCUGGCCUUUAGGGUGACUUUAAAACAAACCAAUUAAAAUUGAACUAUUUAAAUAUAAAAUCCCAAAACACUGAAAGGUAAACUUGUGCCUAAAGACUUUUUUAAAAACAUAGACUAAGACUACAUUUAUGGAGACAUUCCUGCUGAAACCUGUCGUGGCUCAGGAGUUUCUUUUUAUUUGGAUAAAGCAAGCUAGCUCUGUGUGUGCGUGUGUGUGUUUGAUGAAUGUGUGUACCUCUGUGAACCCACAAGGGUGUGACUUGGUUAGUUAAAUAUACAUUCCACUUUGCAUAUUCAAUAUUUUAUAUUUGCGUCCUUCCCAAUGACAGCUGAUCACGUGGGUAUCAUUUAAGACAUUUAAGAACAUUAUCAAUGUUCCUGCUGCCACUUAAAAAAAAUGGACAGCUGUCUCCUUGGUCUGUUGUUACCCUCCUUCCAUCACAUGGGAGAAUCAUGCCUGUUGGGGCAGGCGUAGCCUGAACCUCUUGCUUCACUUCCCUGUGGCAGGAGGUUUCUUUGAAACCUGGAAUCCUGUGCUUUUAAAAAAACAAACAAAUGAAAAAGAAAAAAAAAAAUGAGCUUGUCCAUAUUUGUAGCUGUGUGUCUAGGUUGUUGGGACACCAUUGGUCUGUCAGCUUUAAAACCAGGCCUGUGUAAGCACAGCUCCAAAGAGAAAUACUUUAAGGCCAUGUUAAACUGCAUGUGGGGACAUUGUUGAGGGUGACUUCUGUAACUGUGACCACACAAGGCCUGGCAUGCUGAUGUUUGAAGAAGCCCACACCGGGCAGAGCCUACUCUCAGCUGCUCUUGUAGAGUCCCAGGUCAUCCCUUCUGGGGGACAAACUUGCCACAUACAUCCCUGUUUGGACUGUCCAUUCUGCAGUGAGAAGGUUUGCAUUUCUCCAGGACCCUGCUCAGCCCUGGGAUCUACCUUUAGACCAGGUGUACGGUCUGUUCUUCUACGGUCUGAAGUAUUAAGAGAUGGAUAUAGUAGUUCAGUAAUUUAAAUGUUUAUUUAUUUUUAUUGCAAAGAUUUUGAUUAAAAAGCCAGUUGGCUGAAAAUGUCAAUGAAAUUUCUUACCUGUAAAGAAAGGGUACAUUUUGUAUUUAAGUAAACUCUACUGUGCGCAUUUUAAGAAUAAAGAAAUCUGACAUUUAAUAAA